UGUGAGUGUUUUCGUUCAAGGUUGUGCUGCAGAAGGCGCCUGCAUCAAUGUAACGACGUGCCACAUGAAGACACUUUAUUGCGCAAUUUAUCUGGACAAUAUGUAUCUAUCCGUGCCGAAUGUCGGGAAAUGAAGCUGACAAACCUCCCGAGUACUCCUGAAUGCCAAAAGAUACGCAGCACUAUUGACUAGAAUGUCUCCUUCAAGGCUCUACACGGCAUCGGUCAUGUCUCCUCUGCCUUUAAGCUCUUUCAAUGUCUCAAGCAACUUCUGCACGGAAGAGAAUAUCACUGAGUGCGUUCUAUACAUCAAUCAGGAGUUGUCGUCCCUGUGCUUUCCACCAAUUUUCCAAAACGCGGACAGCACCCACGAUCUGGAUGCUGUGGUUGCUCUAAACAACAUGUAUGACUUGCUUCAGCUGCAUCGUCGAGCUGUUGGGAUGAUGGAGGAGCUGGAGGUGGAGCAGCUCAAGUCCAGCAGUGACCUCCACUACCAACAUCUCACCAACUCCAGGCUAAAGGACCAGCUUGAACUUUCGAAAAAGGAAAACAUGCGUUUGCAUGAACGGGAGCGUCAGCUGGAAACUAAUUUAAAGACGUUGCAAAACUGCCUAAAAGAUACCAAAGAAGAGGUGCAAAGGUUGCAGGGUAUCAUUGCAAGUCGUGCCACACAGUACAACCAUGACAUUAAGAGAAGGGAAAGGGAGCACAACAGAGUAAAGGAGCGUCUCAAUCAGUUGCUCAUCGCCAAAAAGGAAAAUAAGCAAGGAAUGGAAGUUUUGAAUUAUGUUGGAAGGUCGGAUGGUAGGAGAUGUCUUUGGAAAACUGGAAAAACUGAAUCUAGACACGAGGGAGAUAUGUACAAAACUCUUCUGAAUGAAUUUGAUAACCGUCAGAGGGAGCUAAUGGUGGAAAACAUAGAGCUGAAGAAGGUUCUUCAGCAAAUGAAACGAGAAAUGGUGGGGGUUUUGAAUUCAAAGAAGUUGAGCCAAAAGGAAGAGAAGCAAAGCAAUGACAUGGAUCAGUUUACUCUGCAGACAAAUUCUGAUGACGAUGAACUUUUGAAAAGACCUCCUGAAAUGUCAUGUGAUCACGCACGGGAGAAACUUACCAACAGCAUUCGUCAGCAGUGGAGAAAACUCAAGCACCAUGUUGAGAGAUUAGACAGCCAAGCAUCCAUGGUUCAAGAUGGAGACAGUGAAGAGGUGAUCUCCAAACAACUCCAUGAAGAGGAGAUGGAGAGGCUCAGACUAGAAAUCCAGCAGUGUAAAGAGUUUAUUCAGACUCAGCAGCAACUUCUCCAACAACAGCUCAACACUCCCUGUGACGAGGAGACUGCAGCCGUUCUGAAUGAUUCCUACAUGCUGGAAGAGAAGGAACGCUUGAAAGAAGAGUGGAAAGUGUUUGAAGAACAGAGGAAAAACUUUGAUAUGGAAAGGAGAAAUUUCACAGAGGCUGCCAUCAGAUUGGGCCACGAGAGGAAGUGUUUUGAGGACGAUCGUGCAAUGUGGCUCAAGCAUCAGUUUCUUAACACAACAUUCGCAGACCAGAUGAAACCACAAAGUCGCAUGGCUGAUGAAUUUCCAAAGCAUUCUGGUCGAGAAGAGAAGCUCAUUUCAAUUUCUGGGAAAGUGAGCAAAUCUCAUCUGUAGUCUCAUCCAUCAUACCAGGAACCAAUAUGAAUGUGAAUGAAGUCUGCAAGUAUCUUUAUGAAGAACUUUCUGCAUAUAGACUUGAAUAUUAAAGGGGUGGUUGAUCGUGAUUUCCCUAUUUUAACUUUAGUUAUUGUGUGAUGUUACUCUUUGAGCUACAAGAUCAAAGCAAUUGGAGAUAUUGUCUUUUAAAAUUUUGCAAGGCCAUGUUGUGCUGCUUUAGAGAAGAGGAAUAGUUGCUGCCAUACCGUCAUAACUAAGUGUGCAUCAAAAAAACAUUCAUAUAUCAAUUGCAAAAUCAAUUAAAUAUAAAACGGAUUCACAGGUUUCAAAAUCAUACUUCUAAUUGCAAUCCUCUUCACUAAUGUUAUCUCAGAGUGAAUAUUCUGAGCCCAUUGCAUAUCUUUGAGGGAGGGGCUUUACCAGGAAAUCAUCAACAAAGUGUUCAUAGGAGAUAGACAGGGAAAUUGUGGAAUAAAGGUAAGUUUUUUUUUUUUUUUUUUUUUUUAAUGAAGCAUUAACACAUAUUAGACUGCAACCCAUAAACCCAAUCAAGCCUAGAAAAAAGCAUUCAACCAUCCCUUUAAACAGAAUUAUGUGUCAAUUUGUGAUAGGAUUAUAGGAGUAAAAUCUACUGAAUCUUAUAAGCCUGAAUUUUUAUGUUUUGAAAGCAUUGUUUAAAUAUCAUCAUAUAGAUUGAUUAUUGAUCAGCAUCACUAUCUUUUUGAAACAUUUUUUCAAUUUUUAUUUAAUUUUCCAUAUUCAUAUUGUGUUUUGCUAAGAGAAAUUCAUUCUUUAUAUUUUUAGUUUUUCAUAUGUUGUAGUUCUGUUACAGCUUUUGUGGCUUACCCACAGUGUAUUUUAGUAACUUAUUUUUUGUUACUGAAUAUACUGUAUAUUGUCCCUUCAAUAGAAGUUGUCAAUAAUAAUGUAUUUUAAUCUAGUUCAAAUAGUUUGUCAACUGUUUACAUUUA